CUAAGAAUAUUUACAGUCACAAAACAAAGACUAAGAGGAGAAAUUAAAGGACACACCUUUUCUCCACUUCAGUCUUCUCUCUCUCUCUCUCUUUCGGCAGAUCAGCUUCACUUCCAUCUAAAACCGUGAUUAGGGUUUUUUUUUUUUCUCACACAAGCACAAGAUUAGGGAUUUCUUCCUUCAAUCGACGAUAGCCAUGAACAUUUUCAAGAAGAAGAUCACUCCCAAAGAUGCUCUCCGCACUAGCAAGAGAGAAAUGGCUGUGGCUACACGAGGUAUUGAACGCGAGAUUACAUCUCUUCAAUUGGAGGAGAAGAGGCUUGUGGCAGAAAUCAAGAAAACAGCCAAGACUGGAAAUGAGGCGGCCACAAAGAUCUUAGCUCGACAACUUGUUCGAUUGAGGCAACAGAUCACCAAUUUGCAAGGAAGCCGAGCUCAAAUCCGGGGUGUAACCACUCAUACACAGGCUUUGUAUGCAAGCACCUCAAUCUCAUCAGGCAUGAAAGGUGCAACCACAGCUAUGGUUGCAAUGAACAAGAUAGAGAUGAUGUCAGAGGCGAUUGAUGAAACACUUGACAAAGACGAAGCUGAAGAAGAAACAGAAGAUCUCACUAACCAGGUGCUCGAUGAGAUUGGUGUUGGUGUUGCAUCUCAGCUAUCUUCAGCGCCGAAGGGCCGUAUUGCAACAAAAACGGCUGCUCCCACCACAGUCAAGAACAAGAGCCAAAAGAAUGACUCGGAAUCUACUGAAGUGGAUGAUCUAGAGAGGAGAUUAGCUUCACUGAGACGAAUCUGAGAGACAUGAAACUUCAUAUUUGUAGGUAUCACCAUGCAUCAAGAGAACAAACCAGCUUCCGGUUCUGAGAAAUCUGUAUAAAUAAUAUCUAGUAAUGUCACAAACUGAUCUCAAGUUUAAAUCAAACAAACUACAUUUCUAUACAUCUUCAGCCUUGCAAAUAUAUCUUAUUAUCCAC